AUGGAGAAAGUAGUGAUCGUGUGGGGAAAACCAGAAAGCUAUGAUGUGUGUACGUCUCGAAAUGAUUUGAAGUGGAUGGAUUGUAUUAAAUUUUGCAAGGAGUCAGUUGCGAUUCCAUUGUGUGCGCUCGCAGCCACUGACUAUAAAGAUAUGUGCUACUUCUGUCCUUAUGAGGGAGUUACCUCGGUAACUCCAGGAAUUGCUGAUGAAAGAAACAAAGUUGCCUUUCGAAUCAUGGUAAACUUGUUCAACUUUAGCACGUUGAAGUUUUGGAUUCAGGUCGACACUACUUCAUUAGACUACUGCCCCAGCGGGCGAGAGUCCCAUGGAUGGUGUAUUACUUUAAUUCAGACAUCUCCUCCUUUAAACUAUGCUGCAGCUGUUCAGGGAGCUGUCGACAACUGUGGAAAAGGGAUUUUGAGCGGUGUGACGAGUCAAUGGGAAAUGGAUAUUGUUGUUUAUCAAGGCGGGAAAAUUUAUGCCAAUUUACAAAAUAUGUCCUUCUACAUACGAAUGGAUGGAAAGAGAACAGCUGAAUGUGAGGCUACACCAACUACCGAGGAAUGUAUGAGUGUACAGGGAUUCGACACAAUGGACAAAGACGUGACGUCAUUCCAAUUCUAUGACUGGAUCACUGAUUCUUCUGCUGGUGCAACUACUGGAAAACAAUGUAUUGUUACAGUUUUUGACGGUGUCAAUAAUGGGAAACAAGACUUUGGAGAGUGUGGAGACACGACGUCACUGCCAGUAUAUGCGUUUGUUUGUGGACUGGAACCGGUUGCGUGA